GAAAAAGUUGGACUUAUUUCAGCGCUCCAGAAUGUAUGGUUGAUAGUAUUGGCAAAGAAUGAUUGAUCGACGCGUUAACGAUAACUCAGCUAACGUCUUUGGAGCGAGAAUUAAUUGUAUCCUUCAACAGAAGUCCGACAUGUGCCUAUGUAACUAUUGACAGAUUUCCUGCUAGCCAUUUUCGGGGAGGUGGCAUAUGUAUAUCGUAUCGUAGCAUACUGCAGGCACUGUUUAGAUAAAAGUUUAUGACUGGUUGCUCGUAGUGGUAGCGCCGGUCUGUUAUAUGGGUGAUUUUGACCAAACCUUGCUCAAAGUAAACCGAGAUUAAAAGAGUUAAACAUUUGACUCUCUGUUCCCGCUUUUAUUGCACCAAAAACAAACAAAAAAGAAAAAAAAAUAGAAAGAAUAUUGUUUUUGUUCUCCCACGAAUGUACGUUGAUUAAGUAAAAGGCAACUUCAAGAGGAAUCGUUCGACUUGUUUCGUUCGAUAAAUGUCACGGAGGCUGAAAUGGAUAAGCUGAGCGAAACCAACGUCUGGGCCGAUGAGCCGACGACAUGGGGUAUCAUGAUGUACAGCAUCGUUGUUCCCGUUAUUUCCGUUCUCGGUGUUAUCGGAAAUACUCUCAUCUUGGCAGUUCUCAGCCGAAAGAGUCUGAAGGCUUCGAUGUACACGUAUCUAGCUGUGCUGGCGGGUGCUGAUCUUGUCACGUGCGCAUUGUUGGUAUUCUCGGGAUUAGCAAGAGGACUAUUCUGGGGACAAUCGGGAUGGACGGAGUUCGACGCCUUUGUCCACCUUCCCGUUGGCUCGGUGUCUUCGAACAUCGCAGUUUGGGCAGCAGUUUGCGUCACACUCGACAGAUUAAUCCUUAUAUCAGGGCCACCGAAGUGGAAGCCUCCAAAGUUUUGCAGUGAUGCCGUUGCUCGUAGGGUGAUGAUAUUCUCCGGAUUCUGUGCCAUUCUUUUCAACAUCCCUUACUGUUUUAUCUACACGUACAACGAAAAGGGUGAGCUGACUACAACGGAAUUCUUCAGUUCACGGUACUACAACAUUCAAAAUUGGUUCCAGCUGGUGGCAUUCGGUCUAGUUCCGGCAGUAUUCUUACUCGUAGGCAACGCAGCGAUGUGUUUUGCUGUUCGCAGAAUUAUGAAACAACGACAGAUGCUGCUUCAGCGAAAAUUCACUCGCGAAGGAAAUUGCCUGCAGGACCAAGCCAGGCUAACGAUUACCCUUGUCGGUAUAGUCUUCAUGUUUCUCGUCGGCGAGGUUCCCACACAUCUAGCGUCAAGACGGAGCGCAGUAUCCAUUUUAUAUGGUGGCGAUGCGACAAAAAUCGACGAAAAUUUUUUGGAACACUUCAGAAUAGUCGCCACGCUCUUGAACGCGAUAUCUAGUUCAGCAAAUUUUGUUCUCUACUGCCUCCUGAGUCCGCAAUUUCUAAUGAAUCUCAAGAUUUUGGUGAGAAAUCAAAAAACAUUGGAUCAGCGGGAGCAAAAAGUAAAAAUAGCUACCAUUGACUUGUAUGCCAACGAUAACAGGGAUCGCCCGAUGGACAAUUCGCCACGAUGCAGGAGCGCCAUGUUUUGACAAUUGCUCAUUAAUAUCAAAAUCACACGCACAAUAGCCGAACUACA